GGGGAGAAAAAAGGGGUAAAAUUUAAUAAAAAAACAAGUUGUCUUGGUACUUUAUUUGUAAGAGUUGUUCAUUUGUUAGGCUACUGGUUCAAGGUGCAGCACAAUAUUAAAUGAUCAAAGAUCUAGUUCAGUCUUGUUAAUUAAGCAUAUUUAAACACAAUCUCUUACCUAGCUUGAUGACUGUGGGUAUUUUUUGCUUACUUUUUGUUGUUCUACAUAGAGACAGCUAGAAGGGUCAUAUUAUAUUUGUGUAGAAAUGCAGGAAAUAAGCUUUAGAUGCCCCCCAAAGUUUGAGGACCCCCAGACACCCGCAAAGUUAUGUCCCCCCCACUUCUAAAACCAAAGUUGCGCCCCUGUGUUCGCACAUGAUAGGAAUUUGCGUCAGCGUCUCACUAAAGGUCGUAGUACAAGGACUGAGGACACACAGGAACACGUACACACAUAGUGAUGUAUUACAUCAUAUAUCUCAGGGUAUAUAAGCUGUGUUCUUCCUAAUGGAAGUAGAAAAACAUUUCUGCACUGAAGCUGGUUUUUGUUUCCUUGUUGCGAUCUAUUUUUGCAACUUGUAUUGUGCUCUUAUUUUCACAAACUACUAGGGGUUAUUUCUGGAUAAUGCCACUGACUCUAGUCUAGCAAAUACGGUGCUGACCAUUUAAUUGCACAGGGUUGGAAAGGGAUUUGUUUUACAGGAGGCAGUUUCUAGCAUUCUAUCAUACUCAGGUAUAAAUCUGUAUCAGGCCGUAUAGGUUGUAUAGGCAAUAUUGCACAUACCUGUAUUAUUGAAGAUAGCUUAUAUCUUUUUGAGCAGGUAUGGCAGUGAGGUGGUGUUCCUUUGGGUUUGUGUUGUUGGUAGUGUUCGCAUGUUGUGCUGAUGCACAGCCUAACUUGAGGUUUCCUUCGUACAACAACCCCCAACCCCAAAUUACAACCUCCACGCCUAGACAGCCCCAAUGGCCAGAGCCCCAGUGGCCACAGCUGCAGACUCCCCAAAGACCAGAGCCCCAGAGGCCACAGCUGCAGACUCCCCAGAGACCAGAGCCCCAGAGGCCACAGCUGCAGACUCACCAGAGGUCAGAGCCCCAGGGACCACAACUACAGACUCUCCAGAGGCCAGAGACCCAGAGGCCACAGCUGCAGACUCCCCAGAUGCCACAGCUGCAGACUUCUCAGAGACCAGAGCCCCAGAGGCCACAGCUGCAGACUCAGAGACCAGAGCCCCAGAGACCACAACUACAGACUCUCCAGAGACCAGAGCCCCAGAGGCCACAGCAGCAGACUCCCCAGAGACCAGAGCCCCAGAGGCCACAGCUGCAGACCCCCCAGAGACAAGAGCCCCAGGGGCCACAGCAGCAGGCUCCCCAGAGGCCAAAGCAGCAGACAUCCCAGAGACCAGAGCCCCAGGGGCCACAGCUGCAGACUCCCCUGAGACCACUGCACCAGUGGCCACAGCUGCAGACUCCUCAGAGGCCACAGCAGCAGACUCAUCAGAGACCAGAGCCCCAGGGGCCACAGCAGCAGACUCAUCAGAGACCAGAGCCCCAGUGGCCACAGCUGCAGACUCCUCAGAGGCCACAGCAGCAGACUCCUCAGAGGCCAGAUCACCAGGGGCCACAGCUACAGACUCCCCAGCGGCAUGAGCCCCAGUGGCCACAGCUACAGACUCCCCAGAGACCAGAUCACCAGAGGCCACAGCAGCAGACUCCCCAGAGGCAUGAGCCCCAGUGGCCACAGCUACAGACUCCCCAGAGACCAGCUCACCAGAGGCCACAGCAGCAGACUCCCCAGAGACCAGUGAUCCAGGGACCACAGCAGCAGACUACUCAGAGGCCAGUGAUCCAGUGGCCACAGCAGCAGACUCCCCAGAGACCAGAGCCCCAGUGGCCACAGCAGCAGACUCCCCAGAGGCAAGAGCCACAUGGGCCACAGCAACAGACUCCCCAGCGGCCAGAGUCCCAGUGGCCACAGCAGCAGACUCCUCAGAGGCCAGUAAUCCAGGGGCCACAGCAGCAGACUCCCCAGCGGCCAGAGUCCCAGUGGCCACAGCAACAGACUCCUCAGAGACCAGUGAUCCAGGGGCCACAGCAACAGACUCCCCAGCGGCCAGAGUCCCAGUGGCCACAGCAGCAGACUCCUCAGAGGCCAGUGAUCCAGGGGCCACAGCAGCAGACUCCCCAGCGGCCAGAGUCCCAGUGGCCACAGCAACAGACUCCUCAGAGACCAGUGAUCCAGGGGCCACAGCAGCAGACUCCCCAGCGGCCAGAGUCCCAGUGGCCAGCAGUAACCCAAACUCCAGAUCAGAGAUGUCAAGUACCGGUUCGGGAUACAGUGCAAUGUGGAACCCCAGAUAUUACUCCAUCUCAAUGUCAGGCUAUCUACUGCUGCUUCAAUGGACAGCAGUGCUACUAUGGGAAGGCAGUGACUGUGCAGUGUACCAGGGAUGCUCAGUUUGUGGUGGUGGUGGCCAGGGAUUCCACUUGGCCCAAAAUAGACAUUGAUUCCAUCAGUCUGUUGGGGGGAAAUGACCGCCCCUGCAGUCCUGUUGGCAUCACUUCAGCCUUCGCCAUAUACCAGUUCCCUGUCACUGCCUGUGGCACCACUAUAAAGGAGGAAAGUGGUUAUGUGGUUUACGAGAACAGGAUGGCAUCUUCCUAUAACGUGGGGGUGGGACCUCGAGGCUCUAUCACCAGGGACAGCCAUUUUGAGCUCCUGUUCCAGUGUAAGUACUCUGCCACUGCAGUAGAGGCUCUGGUUACUGAGGUGAACACUGUUCCUGCACCCGCUCCUGUUGCUGCUCCGGGACCCCUCAGAGUGGAACUGAGACUGGCCAAAGGAACAUGCGACACCAAGGGGUGUAAUGACGAGUCGAGAUCCUUCACGUUGUAUUACACUGAGGAAGACUACCCCAUCACUAAAGUCUUGAGGCAGCCUGUGAACGUUGAGGUUCGCAUCCUGGAGAGGAAGGAUCCCAACCUGUUCCUGAUGCUGGAGCACUGCUGGACCACCUCUGACCCCAGCCCUGUCAGCAUGCCCCAGUGGGAUCUCAUCAUUGAAGAUUGUUCCUACCCGAAUGAUAAUUACCUGACCACCAUGGUCCCUGUGGAACAUUCCUCUGGCCUUCUGUACCCCAACCACUACAAACGCUUUACCCUCGAGAUGUUCACCUUUGUGGAUCACACUCUGUCUCCCCAGAAAGAGCGGAUUUUCAUCCACUGUAGUACCUCUGUGUGCUACCCUACUCCAGGGGUCUCCUGUGAACCGAAAUGCAACAGGCAAAGGAGAGAUGUUGCUGCUGCUCAGAGGAAGACUAUACAGAAUGCUGUGGUCUCCAGUGGAGAAGUGAUCCUGGUUGACAAAAAGCCUGUCUCCCCUUCAGACCACUAAUUCAACCAGCUACAGUUUGUAAUGGGGUAUGAAAUAAUGUACUCUGUACUUCCAUACCUGUUACAGCAGAGGUAUUGAAAGGCAUUUUUCUUGCCGAUACUUUCUUUGUUCUUGAUUUGGAAGAAACUUGUCUCUUAUAAACGUCCGUGUCCAGUUGCCAGUGGUACUCCAAAAAAUCUGAGAAUAUUCAGAAAGAUAUUAAAUCCACUUUUUGCACAGAGUGAGAGGUGGCCUCCUGAUUUUAGCUGCCAGACAUCUUGCAUUUUCCAACAUCUUUGCAGGAACUAGUCGUUUCUAUGCGACGUGGCUGACAGCAUGUCACAGAGUGCGUCCAAAACAAAGAUCUAUACACGUGCAAGAGGCGUUUCUCAAUCUAUGCAAAUUGUGGAUAUAAUAAUUUUCUGAAUAUUCUCUCUUUUUUUUUUAGUUCCACUUGCAACUAGACACAGAAGUGCGCUACUCCAGGCAUUUCCUACAUACACUGGAACCUUUCGAACCAAUAACGAAGAAAGUAUCACCAAGUAAAGGUUUGUUGGAAAUAUCCCGAUUACAGCAAGACAGCAGCUCAGACACAAACUGUAACUCUAUAUGGUUAUAAUACAACAUGGGCUCCUGAUUUUGAUUACAGCAAGACAGCAGCUCAGACACAAACUGUAACUCUAUAUGGUUAUAAUACAACAUGGGCUCCUGAUUUUGAUUACAGCAAGACAGCAGCUCAGACACAAACUGUAACUCUAUAUGGUUAUAAUACAACAUGGGCUCCUGAUUUUGAUUACAGCAAGACAGCAGCUCAGACACAAACUGUAACUCUAUAUGGUUAUAAUACAACAUGGGCUCCUGAUUUUGAUUACAGCAAGACAGCAGCUCAGACACAAACUGUAACUCUAUAUGGUUAUAAUACAACAUGGGCUCCUGAUUUUGCUAUGUAUGUAUUGUUUCUAAUAAACAGUUGUACCACAAAGUUGG